UUCUUCAACCAGCCACCUCGAGCAAGGUUUACACUCCCGCCGACCCCUAGCCUCAACCUUACCCUUCUGCGAUCGUGAAGCGAGAGAGAUAGACAAACAAGAGGACGAGACCAGCAGAGACAGCAGCCAGCAGCAACAUGAUGACUCCUAAUGGCCUUUCCCCCCGAGUUACCAAGGGCCAGCACCGCCGAAGCCGCUCGGCGACAAACAAGGAGGAAAUCUUCAGCGCCAGCGGCGGCGGCGGCAGCAGCAACACGAAGAGCGCCACGCCCGGCCCGUCAGCUUCCCACGGCCGGUUCUUCCACGACCCCGCGGCGGCGGGGGCGGCGGUGGCACCCGCAAGGCCAGCACCGAGCACCCUCCCCUCCGACUUCGCAGCCUCUUCGCCGUCACCCUCUUGCAAGGGCCACCCCAAACAACAAAAAAAGUCCUCCACCGCGAUCCGCCUGGUAGCCAUGAUGGCCACCGCCUCCGCGGUGCUCCUGUGCACCCGCGCUGCGACAGCUGCUGCUAGCCCGGGUGGCGGCGUCCGAGCCGUCGCUGCCGCCGGCGAGGAGGCGCAGCAGAACCGGUGCGCCGAGCGCAUCGAGAGGAGACGCGGGCUGGGCGUGCCGCCCGACCGAGAGCAGUGCGCGGGAGUGCUGCCGGACUCGUUCAUGAUGCAGCAUGGUGGUGGUGGUGCCGAGGAUGGCCGUGACUCCGAGUCGUGGCUGGUCUCGGUGCACGUGGACCGGGCGCCGUCUUCCGUGGACUUGUCGAAGCGAUUGCGAGGGGCUGUACCUCUGCACAGGAGCCUGCCCCACCAGUACUACGUCCGAGCGAUGGAGGCUUCGCUGCACAGCAUCGCCGUCGCCGAACCGGGGGCCCACGUGGACGUGGCCAUCUUCAGCGAGGGGCAGUGGGGCGGCAUGGUCGACGAGAUGGGGCUGCCGCUCUACUGGGACGUUGCCGGAGAGACUUGCGAUGAUCUCGGCCUUCACUGCACCCAGCACGUCGUCCUGCUGAACGAGCGCACCGCCCCGGAGUCGUCGCAGUCUUUGGAUUGCAUCGCGGCUUCGGACUUGUUCAUCGCCAGCGAGAGCAAGUUCUCCAGGGCUGGCGCCGUCCUCUCCGACCACGUAAAGGUGCUGACCGACCGAUGGGAAAUGGACGAGGAGGAGAUGAUGGUGGCUCUUAACCCGGCCACGACGAUCGCAGGGAUGCCGGACUCGCAGCGGCAGCUCCUGCGAACGCUCGUUGCCGACUACCAUGAGUGCAGCUCCUCGAGUACAUAAAUAAUCAAGGAUCAUGUGGUUUCGCCUUGUUCAUGGUGGCAUGCAUUAGAUCCGUGGCCUUGUCUUUUGGCGACAUGGAAUGGAUGGAUGGCCUGGCGGAUCAUCAUUGGAUCAUCAUUUUUUUUUAUUGUCAACCGAGAGAACGUUGAUCGGCUUUUCCACGAGUUUCUCGCGAGAGAAGCAAGGACAGCAUCAUCUUGUUCCGCUUCGUUCACGGUGUUUAUGCAGAGUUAGUUAUCUAUCGGCACAGCCGUAGCCAACGUUCAACGGUAGCACUAAGGUGGUAUGCAGGGUUGGCUGGCUGGUCGGAUUGAUCAUUUUGAUAAACCAACUACUGUUCGGUGGUGGUAGUACCUGGUGGUAGUAACAGUCUUGACGGCCGGAUGGCUAGCUGACCAACAUCGAUGUCGGUCAGUACUGUUUAACAUCGGUGUCGAGGCAGGUCAGGCCCCUUGCGGCUUGACCGUUGCGCAACCUUCCCACAACGUAUCCUGUGACGAGCGAUGACUACUUCUUUCCCACUGUUGUGUAAAAAGCGUUGUUUGCACGAGACACAAACACCUAGACCUGUCGUGUUGUUUCGUAUCCUUUGAUAGUAAAUGUCUGUGGUAUGACUUCCCUUGCGUGGGUGCUUGGGGGGGGGGGUUGCCUGGCUGCCUGGCCUUCAGCCCUUGUGGCUGUCUUAUGGUGUCAUCCGUGUGCGUGUGGGGUUUCUUGGAUAUUGUCGAAUUCCACGUCCCUUAUUUCUUUGUUUUUGCCGCGUGUGCUGGUGGUGUGUCCCCCGUCCACCGUGGGUCUAGGAUAGUGUUGUUUUCGUGUUGUUUGUCCUGUCCCCCCCUCUUGAGAGAGGGACGAACGUAGUGGUAGUCAUUAGGUGUGUGUAUACAGCGGGUAUUCUUAUAGUCCCCCAUCCUUUUUAUCUAGGUUCAGUUGGUCCGUGUAUUGUGUCGAGAUUUUUUUUUUCUUUUUUUGGUUGGCAGGCAUUUUUUCUCUUUUUCCGUAUUGGUUGCUGACAAAACACGGUCGGUGGGACUUUGCGUCGUUUAGGAAGCUACGCAACGACGAGAGGGGAAGGAAGACGGAAAAUGUAAAAAGGAGAAACGAAUUUAUCACAAUGAAGAUGAGCAUGAUACGACG